GCUGGUUCUGUGAACUCUGCCGCACCUCCGCUUGGUCUUUAGGGAUCUCGUGUUUGAGCUCUGUCCAGGCUGUAGCCGCCGCCACGAUGGGCAAAACUGCUGACUCUCUGUGUCAGGGAACCCGAUCCGACCCGGUGCGGAGCUUCAAUCGCUGGAAGAAAAAACACAGCCAUAGGCAGAACCGAAAGAAGCAGUUGAGGAAGCAGCUGAAGAAGCCCGAGUGGCAGGUCGAACGUGAAGGCAUCAGCCGCCUUAUACAGAACUAUGAGAAGAUAAAUGUAAAUGAAAUUACAAGAUUUUCAGAUUUCCCCUUGUCUAAAAAAACAUUGAAAGGUUUGCAAGAAGCCCAGUAUCGCUUGGUAACUGAGAUACAGAAGCAGACCAUAGGGUUGGCUUUGCAAGGUAAAGAUGUACUUGGAGCUGCCAAAACUGGAUCUGGCAAGACUUUGGCUUUUCUUGUUCCAGUGUUGGAAGCCUUAUAUCGUCUGCAGUGGACCUCAACUGAUGGGCUGGGUGUUCUGAUAAUAUCACCUACACGAGAACUGGCAUAUCAGACCUUUGAGGUUCUCCGAAAAGUAGGAAAGAACCAUGACUUCUCAGCUGGUCUCAUCAUUGGUGGAAAGGAUCUGAAACAUGAAGCUGAGAGGAUCAACAACAUAAAUAUACUCGUUUGCACACCAGGUCGGCUUCUGCAACACAUGGAUGAAACAAUAUGUUUUCAUGCCACCAAUCUCCAAAUGUUAGUUCUUGAUGAAGCAGACAGAAUAUUGGAUAUGGGCUUUGCUGAUACUAUGAAUGCUAUUAUUGAAAAUCUUCCCAAGAAACGUCAGACUUUACUUUUCUCAGCAACACAAACUAAAUCUGUAAAGGACCUUGCACGCUUGAGCUUGAAAAACCCUGAGUAUGUAUGGGUUCAUGAAAAAGCAAAAUACAGCACCCCUGCUACUUUGGAACAGAACUACAUAGUUUGUGAGCUGCAGCAAAAAAUAAGUGUGCUGUAUUCCUUUUUGAGAAGUCAUCUGAAGAAGAAGAGUAUUGUGUUUUUCUCUAGUUGCAAAGAGGUUCAGUACCUGUACCGAGUUUUCUGCCGGCUUCGCCCUGGUAUUUCUAUCCUUGCUCUCCAUGGUCGACAACAACAGAUGAGAAGAAUGGAAGUCUAUAAUGAGUUUGUCCGAAAGAGAGCUGCAGUACUCUUUGCUACGGAUAUUGCAGCCAGGGGGCUGGAUUUUCCAGCUGUAAAUUGGGUUCUUCAGUUUGAUUGUCCAGAGGAUGCCAACACAUAUAUUCACAGAGCAGGUAGAACUGCCAGGUACAAAGAGGAUGGUGAAGCUUUAUUAAUUUUGCUUCCCUCAGAAGAAAAAGGGAUGGUGCAACAACUUCUCCAGAAAAAAGUACCUGUGAAGGAAAUCAAAAUCAAUCCAGAAAAACUUAUAGAUGUACAGAAAAAAUUGGAAUCUUUUUUAGCCCAAGAUCAAGAUUUAAAAGAAAGAGCUCAAAGGUGUUUUGUCUCCUACAUACGUUCAGUAUACCUUAUGAAGGAUAAAGAAGUAUUCGAUGUGAACAAAUUACCUAUUCCUGAAUAUGCACUGUCUCUUGGUCUUGCUGUGGCACCACGGGUAAGAUUUCUUCAGAAAGUGCAGAAACAAUCUACCAAAGAAUUGGUGAAGAGUCAAGGCAAUGUGGUAACUGAGCCCAGGGCUCCAUCUCUCACCAAUGAUGAGGUGGAAGAAUUUAGAGCCUAUUUCAAUGAGAAAAUGUCCAUCCUUCAGAAAGGUGGGAAAAGACUACAAGGGACAGAGAAUAGACAGAAUAGUGAUGUUAGUGAAGAGGAUGAUGAUGAUGAUGAUGAUGAUGAAGAAGAAGAAGAAGAAGAAGAAAAAGAAGAAGAAGAAGCAAUGAAAGAGAAACUGGGAAAAGCAAAAGGGUCUGAAACUCAAUCUCAUCCCAACAUGGAGACACAGAAGGUCAAAGAAGUUUCUGUGCAGUUCUUGGACCAAGAUGAUGAGGAAGAAGAUGGACUUGAUAAUGAUUUCCUUACAGUGAAACGGUGCAAUGUGUUUGGGUUGAAUCUUUCAGAGAAUAAAGUGUUACAGAAGAAAGAACCUUCUAAAUCCAGUGUCAAGAAAAAAGUAACCAAAGUGGCAGAAGCAAAAAAAGUAAUGAAGAGAAAUUUUAAAGUGAAUAAGAAAAUAACAUUUACUGAUGAAGGGGAGUUGGUUCAGCAGUGGCCACAGAUGCAGAAAUCCACUAUGAAUGAUAAGGAGGAGGAUGAUGACACUGGUGGUAUCAACUUAGAUAAAGCAAAGGAAAGGCUUCAGGAAGAGGACAAAUUUGACAAAGAAGAAUAUAGGAAGAAAAUUAAGGCAAAGCAUCGGGAGAAGAGACUGAAAGAAAGGGAAGCCAGAAGAGAAGCCAACAAGAGACAAGCAAAGGCCAAAGAGGAAGAGGAAGCCUUUCUGGAUUGGAGUGAUGAUGAUGAUGAUGGAUUUGAUCCSAGCACACUUCCAGAUCCAGAUAAAUACAGAAGCUCUGAAGAAUCAGAUAGUGAAGACAUGGAAAAUAAAAUUAGUGAUACCAAGAAGAAGCAGGAAAUGAAGAAAAGGAACAACAGUGAAGUGGAAGAUGUGGGACCAACAAGUCAUCAUAGAAAGAAGGCCAAGUGGGAAACCUUAGAGCCUUUGGAUACAGGCCUGUCUUUAGCAGAGGAUGAAGAGCUGGUGUUGCAUCUACUCAAAAAUCAAAGCUAAAUACUUCCCAUGCCUGUCUGCUCUUUGAUACUUCUGGACAUUCUUAUGUUGAGAAGAAGUUAGAACACAGUUGACUUUGGGGCCUCUAGAUAUCAUGUGUCCCAUUCCCAAAGGACACAUUCUUCAGACAAAAGCAAUUUCAUCUCUGAGCCCCUUCACAAGCCAUGCUUUGCACCAUUACAGAACAUAUUCAGAGUAAGGGUGGGAUAUUUAGUUUCUUGGUCUCAUUUUGCAAUGUGUGCUGUUAAAUUUUACAGGUGGGUUCCUGCCCCUUCUCACUGGAAAUGCUCCUUUGUUUUACUAGCAAGUUCUGGAGCCUUGUUUCAUAGUUGGAAAUUCCUGUAUCGCUAUGCAGAAGUCUCGGUGUAACUUAAAAUGACUCUUAAUUUUAAGGUAUAUUUCGUAUUUUCAAAGAGAUAGAGUAUAGUGCACCAGCCUUGGAAAAGGAGUAUUUUUUAAUUGAAAUGAUCAUUAAUAAACAUAUUUCCUAUAAAAUAAAGUAUUAAUGUUUUCAUUGUGUCCAAUGAUAUAAAACCCUCUCUCAAGGGGACUUAAUGUUCUUUGUUAAAAUGCAAGGCCAGCUGGGCAUGGUGGCAUAUGCCUGUAAUCGCAGAGAAUUGGAAGGCUGAGGCA